AUUAAUGGACAUGAAAACCUUUUCAGACUGUUUUGCCUGUGAACCACAAAGUAGCUCCAUGCUGUCCCCCCUCUAUCAGGACCAUGGUGGCUCGGUGGUGUGGCCCCAGACUGCAUCCUGCUCCUCCUCCUCUCAGGGUCUCCAACGGCCACUACGGUGCCACCCUCCCCCAAUCAGCGGGAGCAGCGUGGGCCCCAACCCCACCUACUAUCACGCUGUUUAUGACGUCCGGGUGGAGCAGUACAGAGAAGUGCCCUUUACUGGUGGAGGUGGUGGCUAUGGGGUUCGCUCUGGCCGGGGCUCUUUGUCCCUGGUUUCCAACAGCAAUGACCCCACAGUCCCGCUCAUCCGCCGGAGGGGAGGACUGGUGGACCACCGUGAUGUCAUCCUAGCGCACCAAGCACACAAGCUGCACAACACACCACAGGCCAUAAGGAAACAGUGGGAAAUGGCGCGUUUUGGAGACGAGCUACCCAACAGGUAUGGAGGAGGAGGAGGAGGAGGUGGUGGUGGCGGUGGUGGCGGGGGUGCCGGCGGACAAGGGGGGCCCGGCCGCGGCGGCAGCAGGCAAGGGGGGCCCCCCGGAGCGCAGCGGAUGUACAAGCAGUCGAUGGCCCAGAGAGCCCGGACCAUGGCCCUGUACAACCCCAUACCCGUCCGGCAGAGCUGCCUAACGGUCAACCGCUCCCUCUUCCUCUUCAGCGAAGACAACCUGGUGAGGAAGUACGCCAAAAAGAUCACCGAAUGGCCUCCGUUUGAAUGGAUGAUCCUCACCACCAUCAUUGCAAACUGCAUCGUACUGGCUCUGGAGCAGCAUCUUCCUGAUGGAGACAAGACACCUCUGUCUGAACGACUGGAGGAGACAGAGCCCUACUUCAUAGCCAUCUUCUGUUUUGAGUCAGGGAUCAAGAUCCUGGCUCUGGGUUUUGCGUUACAUAAGGGCUCCUACCUGAGGAAUGGCUGGAACGUCAUGGACUUUGUGGUCGUGCUCACUGGUAUUUUGUCAUCAGUGGGAUCACAGCUUGACCUGAGGACACUACGAGCUGUCAGAGUGCUGCGACCACUGAAACUGGUGUCUGGGAUUCCCAGUCUGCAGGUGGUGCUCAAGUCCAUUAUGAAGGCCAUGAUUCCCCUGCUGCAGAUUGGCCUGCUGUUGUUCGUGGCCAUCCUCAUGUUCGCCAUCAUUGGCCUGGAGUUCUACAUGGGAAAGUUCCACGCUACCUGCUACGACGAAGUCACACGUGACGUAGUGGACGAAUUACCAUGUGGCACAGAGUUGCCGUCCAGGUUGUGUCCUAACGGCACAGUGUGCAGAGGUGGCUGGCUUGGACCAAACUAUGGCAUCACCCAGUUCGACAACAUCCUGUUCGCCGUGCUCACCGUCUUCCAGUGCAUCACCAUGGAGGGAUGGACAGACAUGCUCUACUACAGUAAUGAUGUGGAGGGCAGUGCCUGGAACUGGAUGUACUACAUCCCCCUCAUCAUCAUCGGCUCCUUCUUCAUGCUCAACCUGGUGCUGGGUGUACUCUCAGGUGAAUUUGCCAAAGAGAGAGAGCGAGUGGAGAACAGGAGCGAGUUCCUCAAGCUGAGGCGACAGCAGCAGAUUGAGAGAGAGCUCAAUGGAUACCUGGAGUGGAUCUGCAAAGCAGAGGAGGUAAUUUUGGCUGAGGACGACGCCACAGGGAACUUUGAUGGUUCAAGGCGAAGGCCAACAAUCAAAACCAAAAACAACAAGACGGAGCUGCUGAACCCUGAGGAAGGAGAGGACAACAUGGGAGAUGCAGUCGGUUUUGCCCGCUCCAGUAUAAAGAGCGGUAAGGAGGGCUCCAAUUACAGUAAGAAAGAGCGACGAAUGCGAUUCUUCAUCCGCAAGAUCGUGAAGACGCAGGCUUUCUAUUGGACGGUGCUCUGUCUGGUGGGCCUCAACACAAUGUGUGUGGCUGCAGUACAUUACAACCAGCCUGAGCUGCUCUCCGACUUCCUCUUCUAUGCAGAGUUUAUCUUCCUCGGUUUGUUCAUGUCUGAGAUGCUGAUCAAGAUGUAUGGUCUCGGCAUCCAGCCCUACUUCCACUCCUCAUUCAACUGCUUUGACUGUGUGGUAAUCGUGGGCAGUAUCUUCGAGGUGGUGUGGGCCACCAUCAAACCAGGCACAUCCUUUGGGAUCAGUGUGUUACGAGCUCUGCGACUGCUCCGUAUCUUCAAAGUCACCAAGUACUGGGCUCCUCUUCGAAACCUGGUGGUUUCUCUGCUCAACUCCAUGAAGUCCAUCGUCAGUUUGCUCUUCCUUCUCUUCCUCUUCAUUGUGGUCUUUGCCUUGCUGGGGAUGCAGCUGUUUGGAGGACAAUUCAACUUUGAAGGUGGAACCCCUCCUACUAACUUUGACACUUUUGCAGCAGCUAUCAUGACAGUGUUUCAGAUCCUGACAGGAGAAGAUUGGAACAUGGUGAUGUACGAUGGUAUUAAGUCCCAGGGAGGAGUGAACGACAAAGGAAUGGUCUUCUCCAUCUUCUUCAUCGUCCUCACACUCUUCGGCAACUACACUCUGCUUAACGUCUUCUUGGCCAUCGCUGUCGACAAUCUGGCCAACGCCCAGGAGCUCACCAAGGAUGAAGAGGAACAAGAGGAAGCAGCCAAUCAGAAGACAGCAAUGCAGAAGGCUAAGGAAGUGGCAGAGGUCAGCCCGCUGUCAGCAGCCAACCUGUCGAUUGCUGCCCUUUCAGAUGAACAGCUCUGCAAGGAGCAGCAGAAGAACCACAUCAAGGGCAACAAGUCAGUGUGGGAGCAGAGAACGAGCGAGAUCCGCCGGCAGAACCUGAUGACGAGCCGCGAGGCGCUCUACAACGAGCUGGAGCAGGAGGACUGGAAGGUGGGAGGGGAGGGAGAGGAGGUGUCCUAUCCACGUAAAGGACGUGGCGAUAUGAAGACCCACCUGGAUCGGCCACUAGUGGUUAACCCGCAGGACAACCGCAACAACAACACCAACAAAACCCAACCAGGUGAGCUGCCGCUGGACCAGGAGUACCGGCGCCAGGACAUCGACCACUACCGCAGAGCCACCCACUAUCACCACCACCACCACCAUCAUCAGAAACCCAUUGGGCCAGACAGUGAAGGAACAGGCCAGCCAACAGAGACCCACAUGGAACACGGCUUCAGCUGCACAUCUCUGGGCAAUGUGGAGGGCCAGCAGGUGGAGGAGAGGCACAGCCACAGGAGCCACCGGGGCCACAGGCACAGGAACCGGGAAGGAAGGGAGGCUAGCAGCGUUUCUCCCCACCAUAGCGAGGUGGGAGAGGGAAACAACGAACACAGGAGGUCAAGGCAGCAUCGCAGGGCAGCCAAGGAGGGGGAGGAAGGCAGGAGACACAGAUCCAGGGGGACAGAGGGAGAGGGGGAAAAAUGUGCAGAAGGGGAGGGAAAGAAGACGAGACGGCAUCGCCACGGCAACCAGGAGAGGAGCAGAGGGCAUCGCACCAGAAAGGAGCACCACAGCACCUGUCCCAGCCUCUCCACCACACGACCCAUACAGCAGCACAACGAGGACCUGGACAACUUCCGCAACAACAGCAAGCUGGCCAGUGCCCAUGAGCACCCGUACGCCCUCCCACCAGAUCACCCUGAUCAUCCUGACCACGUCAACAACCUGCUGAACUGCCGCGACGCUGACACCCACACCCUGCUCCACAGCAUGGACAGCCUGAUCCUGACCAGCAUGGCUAAACCAGAGUAUACAAAGAUAGACAUGCCACCUGUCUACCCUUACCCCUCCACCAACGCCAUCCUGCAAGUGAACAAGAAUGCCAACACUGACCAGAAGAAGAGCGAGGAGAAAAAGGAGGAGGAGGAUGAGGGAGGAGACGAGGACGGCCCCAAACCCAUGCCUCCCUACAGCUCCUGCUUCAUAAUGUCCACCACCAACCCGUUUCGGAAGUGCUGUCACUAUAUCCUGACUCUGAAGUAUUUUGAGUUCAGCAUCCUGUCUGUCAUCGCUAUGAGCAGUAUCGCCCUUGCCGCAGAGGACCCUGUCUGGCCUGACUCACCACGAAACAAUGUGCUGCGUUAUUUUGACUACGUUUUCACAGGCGUCUUCACGUUUGAAAUGUUGAUCAAGAUGGUGGUGUUGGGCUUGUUUCUCCACCAGGGCUCCUACUUCCGUGACUUGUGGAACAUUCUGGACUUUAUAGUGGUUAGUGGUGCUCUGGUGGCCUUCGCCUUCACGCCGAGCACCACCCGGGGGAGCAGCAAGGGCAAAGAUAUCAGUACCAUCAAGUCCCUUCGUGUGCUAAGGGUGUUGCGACCUCUAAAGACCAUUAAACGGCUCCCCAAGUUAAAGGCUGUGUUUGACUGUGUGGUCAAUUCGCUGAAGAAUGUGCUGAACAUCUUGAUUGUCUACAUGCUCUUCAUGUUCAUCUUCGCUGUGGUGGCCGUGCAGCUUUUCAAAGGCCGAUUUUUCUACUGCACGGACGAAUCCAAAGAGUUUGAGCGCGACUGCAGGGGCGAGUACUUAGUGUAUGAUAGAGAUGAGGUUAAAGCUCAGAAGCGGGAGUGGAAGAAGUACGAUUUCCACUACGACAACGUGGCUUGGGCCCUGCUCACCCUCUUCACUGUCUCCACUGGAGAGGGGUGGCCGCAGGUGUUAAAGCACUCAGUGGACUCCACCUAUGAGAAUCAGGGCCCUAGCCCAGGUUAUAGGAUGGAAAUGUCCAUCUUUUACGUGGUGUACUUCGUUGUCUUCCCCUUCUUCUUCGUAAACAUCUUUGUGGCUCUCAUCAUCAUCACCUUCCAGGAACAGGGGGAUAAGAUGAUGGAGGACUAUAGCUUAGAAAAGAAUGAGAGAGCCUGUAUAGAUUUCGCCAUCAACGCCAGGCCUCUGACUCGCCACAUGCCGAAGAAUAAGCUGAGCUUCCAGUAUCGCAUGUGGCAGUUUGUGGUGUCGCCGCCUUUCGAGUAUAGCAUCAUGGCUCUGAUUGCGCUCAACACCAUCGUCCUUAUGAUGAAGUUUGACGGUGCGUCACUAACGUACGAUGAUGUCCUGAAGAACCUCAACAUCGUGUUUACCACCUUCUUCUUCAUGGAGUCAGUACUUAAGAUCAUCGCUUUCGGCCCUCUGAAUUACUUCAGAGACGCCUGGAACAUUUUUGAUUUUGUCUCCGUCCUUGGAAGCAUCACUGACAUAUUAGUGACAGAACUAGGGAAUAACUUCAUCAACUUGAGCUUCCUGAGGCUCUUCAGAGCAGCUCGUCUCAUCAAGCUGCUGAGACAGGGCGAGACCAUCCGCAUUCUGCUGUGGACCUUCGUCCAGUCCUUCAAGGCUCUGCCAUACGUGUGCCUGCUCAUUGCCAUGCUCUUCUUCAUCUAUGCCAUCAUCGGCAUGCAGUUGUUUGGGAAUUUGGCACUAGAUGAGGAGGGAGAGAGUGCCAUCAAUGAGCACAAUAAUUUCAGAACCUUCAUCAUGGCCCUAAUGCUGCUGUUCAGAAGCGCUACAGGUGAGGCGUGGCAUGAGAUCAUGUUGGCUUGCCUGGGUGGUAAAGACUGCGACCCGGCCUCAGGGAACACAGGACCCGAAUGUGGCAGCACCUUUGCCUACACCUAUUUUGUCUCCUUCAUCUUCCUCUGCUCUUUCCUGAUGCUGAAUCUGUUUGUGGCUGUCAUCAUGGACAACUUUGAGUACCUGACAAGAGACUCCUCUAUUCUGGGGCCACAUCACCUGGACGAGUAUGUAAGGAUAUGGGCCGAGUACGACCCAGCUGCCUGCGGGCGCAUACAUUAUAAGGAUAUGUACAGUUUAUUGCGAGUUAUCUCCCCUCCCCUGGGCCUUGGCAAGAAAUGCCCACAUAGGGUGGCCUGCAAGAGGCUGCUGCGCAUGGAUCUGCCGGUUGCCGAUGACAACACAGUGCAUUUUAACUCUACCCUCAUGGCUCUGAUCAGGACAGCACUGGAUAUAAAGAUUGCCAAGGGCGGUGCAGACAAGCACCAGAUGGAUGCAGAGCUGAGAAAGGAGAUGAUGGCUAUUUGGCCCAACUUAUCACAGAAGACACUGGACCUGCUGGUUACACCACACAAGGCAGCCACAGACUUGACGGUGGGCAAAAUCUACGCCGCCAUGAUGAUCAUGGAAUACUACCGGCAGAGCAAGAUAAAAAAGCAGCAGGCCCUUCGAGAGGAACAGCUCAUGGAGCCACCCUCUGAGGAAGGGGGCACUGAUGGCCAGGGGGGCCAAGGCUUGAACGGCCUCCCCAGCACCCAGCCGGACAACAUCAACAGCAUACCUCCCGAGGGUGGCAUGACUGAGAGCCAGUCAUGGGUGACGGCCAAAGCCCAGGAAAUGUUCCAAAAGACGGGUAACUGGAGCCCCGACAGACCCUACCCCGACGAUCUCCAUGACAACCGUCACAACCCGCAGACGGUAGAGAUGAGGGAGAUGGGGCGGGACGGGUACUCCGACACUGAGCCCUAUCACCCAAUGGAUGGGCAUGGGCGGACCCUCUCCAUGCCCCGCCUCUCAGCAGACAACCAAAGAGCUCAUGCUGUUUCGCGGAGGAGACACAGACCCCGCGGAAAUAACCUCAGUACCAUCACUGACAUCAGUGCAAUGCGUCGCUCCACCUCCAGCCUGGUCCAUGGGCGUACGGGCCGUGGUGUGAGGCUGGACGACUACUCCCUGGAGAGGGUGGUGUCUGAGGAGGGGAGACAUGGAGGACGCAGACACAGGGACAGGAGUCACCGUGCCUCCCAGCGUUCCCUGACCAGAUACACAGAUGCAGAUACGGGCCUGGGCACAGACCUCAGCACCACUACGCAAUCAGGCGACCUUCCACCCAAGGAACGUGAGCGGGACCGUGGUCGAACCAAGGAUCGUCGUCACCACCAUCACCACCAUCACCAUCACAGCUCUAUGGACAAGGAGCGCUAUGGCCCUGACCGCCAUGACUACCCUCAUAGGCAUCCUCAUGACCGCCACUGGUCCCGCUCACCCAGUGAGGGACCUGAUGGACGAGGACACAGACAGGGCAGUAGUUCGGUGAGCGGCAGUCCGGUCCCCUCCACCUCGGGGACCAGCACUCCAAGGAGAGGCCGUCGCCAGCUACCCCAGACCCCUGCUGUCCCUCGUCCACAUGUCACCUACUCCCCCGCUGUCCGAAAGCCAGGCUACGGUCCCCCGGGACCGGGCCGACUGCGCUCUCCCUCCCCCAGACACUUCUCCCCACCAGACCAUGACAGGGGCUACCACCACCGGCCCCCGUCACGACACGCUUCUCCACACCACGGGGGCUCCUCGUCUCGGCAUGGUUCGCCGCGCUCCCCUAGGCACCAGUCUCCACGCUCGCCCCUCCACGGCUCACCUAGGUCCCCUCACCGUGGUCGCUGGAGCGGGCCUCCGCCUGGAGACAGCCUGGAGGGCGAUGGUCCCUUCUACGAGCGCGACUACGAGUAUGAGCGGCACCAUGAGCCCCCUGCCUAUGAGCAAAGCCUCUCUCAUGGCAACCCACACCCACAUGGGGGAAAUCCUCACCCACACCCACGCUCACCUAGGACUGCCCGCCAUGGGCCCCCUCCGCCCCCUCACCCGCAUCCACGCAGGGUGCCCAAUGGCUACCGCUCAUCCUCACCUUCUCCACAUCGGCGGGGGCCACCAGGGGCACCCCCCCACCCGCACCAUCGUCCCCCCCAUGCGCGAGGGCCCCGCAAGGGCCUGCAUGAACCUUAUAGUGAGACGGAUGAGGAUGACUGGUGCUAGCAACCACAGGGAGCGAGGGAUAAGGGCAGGAGAGGAGAAGAAGAAUAGCAGCCUCUGGUGCUCUGGCCUUGGAUAUGUAGACUUUUAAUAAAGCAGAGGUGGAGAAAAUGUUGGUGGUGGGGGGUGGGGAGGGUUGAAUACCCUCCAACCUCUCUACCUUCGGACUCUAAAUGAGAGAGAACAGGUGGUGGGGAAGGGGUUGAAGGUGCUGCAAAUAGCCUUUUACAAAUUUUGUGUAAGACUCAAAUCAGUGACAGAGCAGCACAUGGAUAAAUUGAAGAAGAGACUGCCAAGACAACUAGGGCAAGGCCCGGGCACAGUUUACCUCUGCCUUUCUCAGUCUCAGAACUACACUACAGAAUUCUAUGCUUGACCAGCAAGGCCAGGCUGCAAGAGGAAGAGAGAGGUGUGGAAACAGGAAAGCAAGGGGGAGCAUGUAAAAUGGCCAGGGAUGGUCGCAGUUUACAAGGCCUAAAAGCACUUCUCCCAGACUGUAAUGUGAUUGGUCAGUCUCGUCAGAUGUGUGCUAUCUGUUGCUGGCCAGUCUGCUAAUGUAAAAGCCUGAAAAUGAGCUGGAAUACAGAGUCCACUGCUGUGACUCUGCUCCUUGAACAGAUAUGUUUAAAGAAAAAUAAAUUAACAAAAAGCCAGGACCCCCUAACCCUUACAUGCCAAGCUAUGCCUCCAGAAAAUCAAACUUGAACAAUGAAGAACAAAAUGAAACUUUACAUGACAAACAAUGAAAAGAAAAAAAGGGAGAACAACCACUUUAUCUUUAACCUUUUUCCUUUCCAAGGGACAGAACCAGGAAGCUCCGCCUAUACUGCAAAAACCAGUCAAUCACAGUGCUGGCUGAUAUUUGAUGAGUUUUAUCAUCUCUGUUUACUGUUAAAGACUCACUUAAUGCUGACGGAACUGGUGUGACAUCACUUCCUGUCCGGCUGUGGUGGUCGUGGAGGGGGGUGGGGCACGGUGUGGGCUCACUUCCUGUUCGAGUGCGCUAUGAGGAGGUGAGCUCAGGUAACUUGAGAAGGGAGUCGGACACUUCGUCAAGCCCCUUCCUCCUCAGUUGUUCGACCCAACGCAAAGCGAAGGAUGACCUGACAGGAAAUGACAUCACACGGUUGAAUGGGGCGGAGGAGAGGAAAGGAGGGAUGGGGAAAAAGACUAAUUUCUUCAGUAUUUCUUCUAUCGAUUACUUCUCCUUCUUGUUCUUCUUCGGACAUUGGAGCUUGGUUCUUCUGUUGCAUUCGCUCAGCCUCCUUUGAUCUUUUAUGGAGUCCAAAAUUUGAUGGAAACCUGCAUGACUGAUUAAAUACAUACUAGAGAGGAAAUCUAACUGGUGUGGGUGGGACCUGGGGGCUUUAUAGGAAACUUUGCAUUUAGGUUUACAAAAGAAGUUCUCUUCUUUCAGACUCUUUCUCUCUUACAUCUCAAAUGUAAUUUCCGUUCACUUUUUACUCGAAACAGGUUUUGACAGUCGGCUAUUUAGUUUGUCUCAGUUUUCUGCCAACAGGGUUCAAAAGCUACGUUUCUACAACCUAAAAAAGACAGGAAACAUUGCAGGAUCACAUUGUAGUCUCCUGUUGUGGCUGAGAAACGAGAGAGAAAGAGUAGAGAGAAGCGGACUUCUACCACAUUUGAUUUAUUAUUGUUAAUGAUGAUAGUCUUAUGAAUAAUGAUAUCAAUGUCAAUGCAAAAUGACGAUGACGAUGAUGAUGAUGACACUGAUGAUUGAUUGAUUGAUUGAUUGAUUGAUAGAACUGUUUCUGUAGAUUUGUUGUCAUGUUAUUUGGAGUUUAAGUAUGCUAUGUCCAUCUUGUUUACAUCUGUUAUGUUUUUAUCCCCCCGUUCAAUGACGUUUACCGGGUUCCCGAUGCCUUCCUGCAACGUUUUGGAGCAAUGACAGCUUGGGAACAUUCACGUAGUAGCGUUGCGUGUUGUAACGCAACUCUUAAAAAUACACAACUUUUCUGAAUGGUUGAGGUAGAGGUCAGUACCUGACUUGAUGAUUUAUGGGGUCAGUACUUAUGUCAAGCCAACCCAAAGAUCAAGAAUUUAUGCUCUAAUGCAGGGGUAGACCAGAUCAUUGAGAAUUUGGAAGAGUCUGUCUGCCUUUUAGAGGUUUCAGACAACCCUGUUUACUGAGGUUAAAGUUCUACCAUGGUUGAAUUCUUCCACCUGCAGCCAAAAAAAAAACAAAAAAAAAAACUACGAAUUUCAAUCUUUUCCCUCUGUCGGGCGGUUUUGUAGUGGCAUUGGUUGCCGGCAAUGACAGCACAGUAUUGGUGGUACAGUGUUGGUGUCAGUAUUAGGUGGUGUUGUUCUCUUUUGUUGCCACCAGGGAGCAGUUAUCAGCACACAUCCGCCCUGCCUUUCCCCUCUACAGGACAGCCUCCGGGGCACAUCCUGGUUUCUAGACCUGGAGUGAAACCUCCACUUAUACCCGUCUUCUAUAUCUUUGUAAGAUAUAUAGAUGAAGUCCAGUCCUAGUCAGGAAACAUGGAUGUAGCCUGGGAGACGCCAUAUCUGUCCGUUUGUUGGUCCGUCCUUCUGUCUGCCUGUCUGUGCCAAUGCUGACCUCCCCUCCAGCCCUUUCUCUCAGGUCUGGAUAACCAGAGAACAGUCACCAAAUCACUAAUCCAAUCAUAUGAGGUUGUAGCAAAGCUGAAACCUCCUCUGCCAGAACCCACUUCAGUAUCCACUAACCUCUUUUUCCUCAUCUAUCUCUUUCUUUUUCUGUCCAUCUGCUUUGACAUCUGUUGUUUCAGCUUGCCAGAGAGCGACACUGAAGACACUAAAGGCAUUACAGGACAGAAACACUUAGGAAUAAUAAUUUCUUCCUUAUUGUUAUGAGGGACAACAAUUAUUGAAUAUUCAAUAACUCUAGGACAAGAUGAUAAAGUAUAGAUAAAUAUAGAUGAUAAACUACAUAUAAAUCUAGAUAUAAUACAGUAGACGUAGUUAUAGAUAACAGACAGAAUAUAAUUAGAGUUUCAGAUAUUCAUUUAUUUUGCAUACCGUUCAUGCUCAUGACACGGUCAACGAUCUAGCUACUCUUGAAAACGCGCACUGUUUUCUUAGCAGUCGCAGAAGCCAGAAAACAAACCCCAGUCCACGUGUUUUGACUCUAUGCAGACCUCAUGAGCAUCCUCAUCGUAUUAUUUCAGAGGAGAAACUGCAACGCUGUGGUACUGCACAACAGAUUAAUGAAACAGGAACACUUGGAUCUGAGAAAAAUGUGAAGCUAGACACCACAUUUGCACACGUCACUUGACAUCACACCCACAGUGAAACCCCUUUCUUUCACGUACCUCUGUCACUGUCUUUUUCCCCCCUC